AUGUCAUGCGAACAAAAAGAGGAACAAUUUAAGCUUCGUUUUCUUGAUUGUGAUUGUACAUGUUGUGGCGUUCGUCAACGCUAUACUCCUUCAAUAACAUGUAAUGUCAAUCAAUCUCAAUUUAAACAACUUGUUAAAGAUGUAUCAAAAUCGCGAUAUGGAUUAGAUUGUAAUUGUCUCUGUGGUGGAGAUUUAUCAUCCAAGAAUAUUGAAUCAUGUCCUUGUCCAACGACUUAUGCUACCAUGAAACCCAUACAAAUCAAUUUUAAUGUAGACACAGGUGUUAAACAAUUAGCAAAUGCACCAUUACCUACUCACAGUCAAUAA